AUGUCAACCGAACGUUUAAUUCCCCGAAUUAUUGACUUAGAAGCAAACAUUCAAGAUGAAGAUCAAGUAAUUGUAUUUAGCAAGCGCAUUGAGAAUGGCUUUACUCAACGUCCAACAUCAUUUGUAAAGUUCAUAUGUGAAUUGAUAGGAACGUUGAUAUUUGUGUUUUUUGGUGCUGGUUGUGCUGCGAAAUAUCCUGAUUUAUUAACAGUGUCGACUGCUCAUGGUCUGGUAACAAUAUGGUUAGUCUAUGUUUUUGGCCCUAUAUCCGGUGGACAUUUUAAUGCUGGAGUAACAAUCGCAUUUGCGCUAACUGGAAAAAUGAAAAAAUAUGAAAUAAUUGGUUAUUUAAUAUCACAAUGUAUUGGUGCGUUAAUUGCUGGCGCUUUUUUGUUGUUGCUCUAUGAUAAGACAACUGGAUUAGGUACACCAACCUUGGCAUUAGGUACAACAACCGUACUACAAGGAUUUUUCAUUGAAUUUCUCUGUACAAUGUUUAUAUCAUUUAUUAUUUUCUUCACAACUACCUAUCAGUCUCAUAAAGAAGCUGCAUUACCAAUUGGUUUAGCUGUAUUUUCAUCAUUUUUAGUUGGUGCUGAUAGAGAUGGGGCGGCAUUGAAUGUUUGGCGAUGGCUCGGACCGGCCGUUGCGUCACAGACAUUUAAAUAUUACUCAUGGAUAUAUAUUGCAGGUCCAAUUGGUGGUUUUAUUGUCGGAUACAUAGCAUUCUUUUUAUAUAGACGAAUCUGGAAUUGGAAUAUACAACAACUCAUUUUAGCUAACCCUUUUCGUGGUUACAGAUGCAGUUGUUAA